AUGCAGCCAUUCCGAUACACACUCUCCAACAAUGGCACCGUGGCUGGUAUACACUGUAUCCCUCCUCCAACGUCGACUUCCUCCGUCAAACAUCGUCCCCUGAUCGUUGGCCUCCACGGCGGCUGCUAUGAUAGUCAAUACUUCGACGCGACUCCUGACUGCUCUGCCUCGGCAACCAGUACUGCGCUAGGGGUGCCAUUUGUAGCCAUUGAUCGUCCGUCUUACGGCGGAACCAGUUCUAUUCUGCCCAUCCCUGAGGGCUCGGACUUCGCUCAGGAAACGGGCAUUUGGUUGCAUCGCUACAUUCUCCCAAAACUCUGGUCAGAGAUUGGUGUGCCGAAUGGGUGCAACUGUAUCGUUCUCUUAUGUCAUAGCCUUGGUGUCAUGGGAGGAGUUGUCGCCGCUGCUUUGCAUGCCCAGAAUGACAUAGCAUCAUAUCCGCUCGGUGGUUUGAUCGCAAGUGGCAUGGGGGACAAGCAGUCCGUCUUCACGAAAGGUGAUCCGCCUUCCUUUAUACCUGUCGACGCCAACCACGCUUUAUUCCCGCUGGACGACAAGGACAACAUCAUGUUCAAACCGGGCACCGUUUCGCCCGAGGUGCUGGAGCAAAGCGAACGCCUCAACGCAGUUUGUCCGUUGCCGGAAACAGCCAACUUCGUUCCCGAAUGGCUAUCUAUAUGGAAAGAGAAGUGGGCAGCGUUCGUGUCAGUGCCCGUCAUGUUUUCUCUGGUAGGGGACGAUCCUUUCUUCAUAUCCACGGAGGAGGAAGUUGAGACUUGUGUACGGGCAUUCAAAAAUAGCAGUCGCGUCGAUGGGAGCUUGAUUAAGGAUGCGCCGCACUGCGUGGAACUGAGUAGGUGGUCGCUGGGGUGGUAUGCUCGGUGCUUUGGGUUUGCGAUGGAAUGCUCUGCUAGUUACGUUACGUCUAGUUAG